AUGUUUAAUGAAUGUAUGAGGUGUAUCGUGGAUAUUGAUACAAACAGCACAGACACAUCGCGCGACCGUCGACGACAGCCAGACGCCUAUAAAGGCGCUAAGCGCGAGAGUCACCCAUCGUGCGAUGCCAGAGCGACAGCUCAAAACCCACGUAAGGAACUACGGCACGGAGAUGGGACGCGUGCAAGAGUUACGCGAACAGGACAGAAACAGCUAGGAGAUUGGACGCGUGCAAGAGCGACGCGAACAGGACAGAAACAGCAAGGAGAUUGGACGCGUGAAAGAGUGACGCGAACGUGGCAGACACAGCAAGGAGAUGUGCUGAUGGGUCGAAUAUCAGGCACCCAUACAGGCGCUAAGUGCGAGAGUCGCCCAACAUGCCAUGCCAGAGCGACAGCUCAAAACUCCCGUAAGGAGCUACGGCAAGGAGAUGGGACGCGUGUAAGAGUGACGCGAACAGGACAGGAAAAGAAAGGAGAUGGGAUGCGUGCAAGAGUGACGCGAAUGGGACAGACACAGCAAGGAGAGGUGAUGCGUCGAAUAGUGAUACGAACCGAACAGAUUCAUCGCACGACCGUCGACGACAGCCAGGCACCCAUAAAGGCGCUAAGUGCGAGAGUCGCCCAUCAUGCCAUGCCAGAGCGACAGCUCAAAACUCCCGUAAGGAGCUACGGCGAGGAGAUGGGACGCGUGCAAGAGUGA